UCCCCUCCCGAUUGCGCACACCACUCUUCUUUCCACCCACAACAUACCGCGGGCAUGGCGGGCUUGCCCACUCGGUUUCCCUGUUGGUGCAAAGCCGUAUACUCAUGGGGCGGUGAGACGAAACGCGAUCUGGGCUUCAUAGAAGGGGAUCUGAUCGAGUGUUUGAACGCCGGCGAUGGCUCGUGGUGGAUGGGCCGCUUGAAGCGCGACCGGCGCAUGGUCGGACUGUUCCCCUCCAACUUCGUCGAAUUGCUGCCCGAAGACUACCAACCUUGGAGCCGCAAUGCGAGUCCCAUGACAAACGAUGCCUCUUCGGCUUCGGUGUCGCGCCAGAACAGCUCUCAGCCCGUCAAGCAAACACCGCAAAAAGCAAAAACAUUCAGGAAGCCCUUCACCGCCUAUGCCGCCGCAGGCGCCCCCAAUCCUGCAGCUGCCGCACGACAGAUUGAAAAAGCGGGAGGGAGAAUAUCCACAAAUGGAAGUCUUAGAACUCACAAGCCAUAUUCGUCCAUGAAGAGGUCGUCUACGGAAAGCCGCGAGACUGCUUCUCCGAUACCAACGGCGAAACGCGGUUCCAUUCUUCGCGCAGUCUCGCCUCGACCCUCAUCCACACGCCCACCAUCCACCAGACCUCAAUCGACGAGACUGACUCAUUCCCGUGCCCCGUCGCCUGCUCCUCCUACAAAUUACCCAUCGCAUUCGAGGUCACCCUCUCCGGCGCCACCAACGCACUAUCAAGCGCAUCCGCGAGCUGUAUCGCCGGCACCACCAGCGCACUAUCAAGCGCAUCCGCGAGCUGUAUCGCCGGCACCACCUCCCAUGCACUACCGCCCUCAAUCUCGUGCCAUUUCUCCCGCUCCUCCUGUUCAUUAUGAUACCCAUUCGCGUUCUGUGUCUCCUGCUCCAUCUUUUCAGUACCGUGCAUACGACCGAGGCCCGUCUCCCUCUCCUUAUCAAGACACCAUUGAUGAUGCUUCUCCACCUCCUCCGCCUCCGCCUCCACAUCGUGUUGUCUACAACCCGAGUAGAGCUCCGUCACCCGCACCUGUGGAUAACGGCUACCAUACACCUGAACCCCGUAGCCCCAACCCUCACUCGAAAGGUGGAAGAUUCACGCCUUCGCCCUUGACAAAUGCUAUGAACGAUGUCAUGUCAUCUCUGCAAGAUAUGAGCAUGUCAAAGAGUGGAACAGAACCAGAUGAGCCUCCUACACCUCCAGGCAUCUGGUCGCCGGACGCCUUUACUGAGGUCUACCAAGCUUCUGCGAAGAAGGUGCGGGCUCAGACAUCCAUGGGAAUUGGAAGCAGCCAGUCAGACUUUGCCGCUGAGGAGACAGACGACGGUCCUCCUCAAGUUCACAACUACGUUCAGCGCAUGGAGAGUCGCUUGCGUCGGAUGCAACAACAAGAAAAGCUCAAGGAUGAACUGUUCAUUCCUCCAGAUGCUGGUGGCCCUCCACCUGCCGUCCCACCCAAAUCUUCAAAAUACAGCAGACCCGGCUCGUCUAUGGGUGGCAAUCAACCAGACGUGGAACGCAAAGAAUCCAAAACGCUCAGACAUCGCAAGUCGGCAUAUGAGAUGGGUCGCAAUGCCCUGGGUAGAACUUUCACCACCAAGACCACCUCUACGACGACUACACAUACAAGUAACAGUACUAACCGCAGCCUGAUGUCUGGUCAAUCCGCCACAGCCAUGAGCUCAACCAGUGCUGGAAGCUUUUACAGGAAGAAGUUUGCAAAAGAGCGACCUAAAAGCACAAUGGAAAUGAGGGAAACGGGCAAGGGCUACGGUUUCGACGAUGAACGGCCGGAAACACCUUUCACGGGCGUCACAUACCACUCCAGUCAUGCGUCACAAGCGCGACCAUCCACAAGUCACCAGGACCACCCUGAAUCACCGAACAAACAGCUAGACGGCCCGGAACCGCUGGGGGGCUUAGUUUCACCGAAACCGAGACGCAGCGGGUUCUUUCGAAAGAUGAUCGACACUGCAAAAACCCAGGCAGCGAAUGCUCGCAGCACAAUUGCCAGUGGAUCGAUAAGCAGACCAGGGUCUCGCGCCGCCAGCCGAGCUGCGAGUCGAGCCGCAAGUAGACUAGAUGAGCGAGGUCCGACAGCAAUUUCGGGCGGAUCGAGUGUACAGUCAGGUGCAGCACGUGACAUGGGGUUGAAUGGUUCGGUGGAUUGGGUGCAAGUUCGCCGGGACGUCAACAGAUCCAACUCAUUAAGCAAAAAUGAGAGGGUGGAAAGGUCCGAUCGAUGCCAGCUGAUGGACAUACCCGUUCUGAAUCCUGUCGACAUCCUCUACGAUUCAGCCGAAGGCGACGAAGGCUUGGAUGGGCUUCCUAUCGCCGACCCGACAGACUUCGCGAGCAGCAACCUCGGACUCGUUGACAAGAGCGCCCGGUUUGUCAACAGCGUUCCUCUUGGGACAACACCUGGCACCUUGGCUCAAUCAUACGUUUGCAGGCCUUAUCGCAGCGAUGUCCAACGUUUGCGGGCCAUAUUUACCUGGGUCAGUGAGCGCAUCGCCUGGGAGGACGAUUUCGAAGGCGAGAUUGAUGCCCGACAUGUACUUCAAAGCAAACGUGGAUGCUCGCAAGAAAUUGCAAUUGUGGUUGCGGAGAUGUGUGCUUCCGUCGGACUCCACGCUGAAGUUGUAAGGGGUUAUCUUAAGACUCCCGGUGAGCCGCUGGAUCUUGAGAGCGUAGCUCGACCCAAUCACUUCUGGAAUGCAGUCAUCGUGGAAGGUGAAUGGCGCUUGAUGGACUGCUCUCUCGCAGGUCCAACAAACCCAAAGCGCGCCCAAUACUCAAAUGCUGGAGCUCAGGUAGCUGAAACCUGGUAUUUCCUGGCACGGCCGAUGGAGAUUUGCUACUCGCACGUUCCCCUUCUUCCAGAGCAGCAGCACAUAUGUCCGCCUCAACCGCAUGAGGUUCUCAUGGCGCUUCCAUGUGCGACACCAACAUAUUUUAAACAUCGGCUGCAUAUGAUAGACUUCGACACCAGUCUUCUCAACCUUGAAAACCUCGAAAUGGCGCACAUCCACGUUAACGUCCCCGAAGAUGUAGAGUGUGUGGCAGAGGUGGAAGCAAGGGCCUACUCCCAAGACGCCGACGGGGACUUCUUCGAAAGUGGUGAGGUUGUACGCAAGCCUGCAUUGGCGCAAGCAGAGUGGGUAGCAGGACAAAAACGAUACACUAUAAAAGCUCUGCUACCAGGCGACGAGGGCCACGGAGUGCUGAAACUGUACGCCGGGCCUCGCGGUCUCAUGCACUCCAACAAACUCAAUCCACACGCUCUCGCUCUGGGCCUGCCCAUAUCCCACACGGGCACCAACCCACCGUACUCCUUCCUCACGCUUCACCCCACUCCACAUGCUCAACGCCAUGACCUCUAUGUCGCACAACCACAAUGCGCAAAUAUCGCCUUAAACAAUACCUUUGUCUUCACCGUCCGACAACACCCCUCCUCUCUAACCCGCACUCCCGACCCCCCACAAACUCCUGGCGGCGCCGGCGGUCGCGCAUCCCCCAACCCAUAUAUGCGUCCCGCCUCCGCAAUGAGUGUGCAGAGCAUCUCCGCCUCGGGCUCCAACUACACAAACCCAUCACAAACAUCAUCCAACGGCUCUUCAAACCCCGCUGCCAACGGUGGACCCGUCACGAUGAAACCUGCCAAAUUGGCUAUACAGACCCCAAGUGGAAAGAUUAUCAGAUUGACAAGGAAACAUGAACAUCUUUCUGGUGCGGAUAGCGACGCCGAUGGCACAGUUUGGGAGACUGUUAUUAAGUUGGGAGAAAGGGGUGUUUGGAGGGGACUAGUGCUUGCGGAUCGCAGUGCUAGGUGGUGUGUUUUUGCGCAGUGGGACUGUGCGUGA